GUCCUGCUAAAAUGACUGGAGAACAGGUUGGAUCCAUCGACCUCGAAAAGCUGGCCACCAACAGCUAGUUGUUGGCUCCCACCAGGAUCAAAUACUUGUCUUGUCGUACCUCUCGAAAAUGAGCUCGUACAUUCUCGCCAUCAAUUGCGGAUCUUCCUCGAUCAAAUCCAAGCUCUUCCUCGUUCCCGGCAACAAGGGCGAUGCGUUGAAAGCGGUCGCGGACGUUACCGUCAAGAAUAUCGGUAGCAAGGGAGAUAAGGUCAAGUUCAAGAUAUCUUGGGAGGACGCUGAGGGAAUAGCCAAGCUCGGAAAGGACCUGGAGGAGGAUGGAGAGGCUGGGGAUGCUGUCGAAUACAAGAAACUCCCGCCCCAGCUCCUCGAGCGACUGAUCAAAUCCUCAGAGAAACUAGAAAAGAGCCAGAUCAAAGCCAUAGGACAUCGGGUCGUUCAUGGAGGGCCGACGGAGAAGCCGAUCACGGUUACUAAGGAACACGAGGAAGGAUUAGAGCGUAUGGACAAGUUGAGCGAAUUUGCGCCUCUCCAUAAUCACUCGGCGGUCUUGGCAAUCCGAGCGUGUUUGUCGGCUUUACCGGACCAUACCUCGGUUCUACUCUUCGAUACCCUCUUCCAUCAGACUCUUCCCAAGGAAGUCUAUUCGUACGCCAUUCCUCCUCAAGAAUCAGGAGCUCUCGACAGGUCUAUUCCUCUGCGCAAGUACGGAUUCCACGGGUUGAGCUAUAUGAGCAUCCUCGGAGCCAUGGCCAAGAAGCUGAACAAGAAGGAAGAAGAUGUCAGCAUCGUCGUCGCGCAUCUAGGGAGCGGAGGUAGUAGCUGCUGUAUCCGAAAGGGAAAGAGCAUUGAUACCAGUAUGGGCUUGACCCCGCUCGAAGGCCUUGUUGGAGGAACCCGAUCGGGUUCGAUCGACCCGACCUUGAUCUUCCACCUCGUACCCGGUGCCGCCGAGGAUGCCGGUCUCGAGGGCAUCAAGGUCAGUCGUGCAGAAGCGACUUUGAACAAGAAAUCUGGUCUGCAAGCCGUAGCUGGCACUGCCAACUUUGGUACGAUCACCACGAGGAUGACGGACAAGUCUUCCUGUUCCGAAGAAGAACACUCGGCCUGCACCCUCGCUUACGAUCUCUAUGUCGACCGACUCAUGUUCUACCUCACCGGGUACCUCUCCAAGCUCUUGGGAUCGCUUGACAGCUCUGAAGUGGACGGGAUCGUCUUUAGCGGAGGGAUCGGGGAGAAGAGCGAUUACCUGAGGGCGGAUGUCGCUCGCCGGCUCGGGUGGAUGGGCGUAUCGGUCGACAAGGCUCGGAAUGAGCAGGCGAGCAAGGGCGAGGAGGUAGUCAGCGCAAUCCAUGCUGAGGGGUCUAAGGUCGGACUGUACGUCGUGCAGACGGACGAGGAAGACGUCUGUGCCAGGAUGACGAGGGAGGAGCUGGGACUGUAACUGUACAGCUAUUCUUGAGCGCAAGAAGAACUGUAAUGAACCAUAGAGCAUCCCGCAAUUGCAAGAGCGAGCGAUUGGACG